CUAAGUGAAGGACCCCACGCAGCACGCACACACGUGUUUGUGUACAGCCAUGGCGGACAUGCAGAUGAAAAUUCUGCGAAAGAAAAUUGAGAAGAGAAAUGAAAAAAAUAAACAACGGAAUCUGCUCAGAUCCCAGAAGGAAGAAGAAGAAAACGGCGGAGAGGCGAAGGUUGUGCUGGAGGAAGCUGAUGUGACUAGUGAUUCUGCUCCAAAAGUCACUGAAGAACAGCAGCAAAGUGUCUCCACCAACAGCGGUGAAACCUCACAGAAAAUCAAGAAGAAAAAGAAAAGAAAAUUGGAUGGCACAGGAGACUCAACAUCCAGUGUGAAAAAGGUCAAAAAACAGGUUGAAGUUAAAGAGACAACAGAAGCAUUGGUGGGAGAAGAGCAACCGAGUGAUGAAAAACAGGAGGGGGAGCCUGUCAAGUUGGCAGAGAAUGGGAAUGAAAAAGAGGGAUCAGCUGAGGAGGAUGAUAGUGAUGAAGAUGGUCCACAGCUUCCUUCUGGUCUGACAGGUGCGUUUGAGGACAGGUCAUUUGCAUCUUUGGCAGAAGUGGUCAGUGAGAAUACACUGAAGGGAGUGAAAGAAAUGGGCUUUGAAACCAUGACUGAGAUCCAGCACAAGACCAUACGCCCCCUGCUGGAAGGGAGAGAUGUGCUAGCAGCAGCUAAAACAGGAAGUGGUAAAACUCUGGCUUUCCUGAUUCCCUCCAUUGAGCUUAUCUACAAACUCAAAUUCAUGCCAAGAAAUGGGACUGGAGUGGUCAUUCUGUCUCCCACUCGUGAGUUGGCUAUGCAGACAUAUGGUGUGCUGAAGGAGCUGAUGACGCAUCACGUGCACACGUACGGCCUCAUCAUGGGAGGCAGUAAUCGUUCUGCUGAAGCCCAGAAACUCGCAAAUGGAGUCAAUAUCGUGGUUGCUACACCUGGCAGACUUCUCGAUCACCUGCAGAACACGCCUGGGUUCAUGUUUAAGAACCUCCAGUGUCUGAUCAUUGAUGAGGCUGAUAGGAUUCUGGAGGUUGGCUUUGAGGAAGAACUUAAGCUGAUCAUCAAACUACUGCCUAAAAAAAGACAGACCAUGUUGUUUUCAGCAACACAGACACGUAAGGUGGAGGAUCUUGCGCGCAUCUCCCUCAAGAAGGAGCCACUGUAUGUUGGAGUGGAUGACAACAAAGAGACCGCCACUGUGGAAGGACUUGAACAGGGAUAUGUCGUAUGUCCUUCAGAGAAACGUUUCCUGCUGCUCUUCACGUUUCUGAAGAAGAAUCGUAAGAAGAAGCUGAUGGUGUUCUUCUCAUCCUGCAUGUCUGUGAAGUACCACUAUGAGCUGCUCAAUUACAUUGACCUGCCCGUCAUGGCCAUCCACGGAAAGCAGAAACAGACCAAGAGAACCACAACGUUUUUCCAAUUCUGUAACGCAGACUCUGGCAUUCUCCUCUGUACGGACGUGGCUGCCAGAGGUCUGGAUAUCCCAGAGGUGGACUGGAUUGUUCAGUAUGACCCACCCGAUGAUCCGAAGGAGUACAUUCACCGCGUAGGGCGAACAGCUCGUGGUAUUAACGGCAGAGGACAUGCCCUCCUGAUUCUGAGACCAGAGGAGCUUGGCUUUUUACGAUUCCUCAAACAGGCCAAAGUCCCUCUGAGUGAGUUUGAGUUCUCCUGGAGUAAAAUCUCUGAUAUUCAAUCUCAGUUGGAGAAGCUGAUAGAGAAGAACUACUACCUUCACAAAUCAGCUCAGGAGGCCUACAAAUCCUACGUUCGAGCUUACGACUCUCAUUCCCUCAAACAAAUCUAUAACGUGGAGACACUCGACCUCCCGAAGGUGGCGAUUUCUUUUGGUUUUAAAGUGCCGCCAUUUGUGGACCUCAACGUUCACAGCAGUAAAGGGGUGAAGAUGCACAAGCGAGGUGGCGGCGGAGGCUUCGGCUACCAAUCUAAGAAUGUCCACAAGGCCAAGAUCUUCAAACAUGUCAACAGAGGGAAGGGAGAUGGCAGACAGUUCUCACGUUGAGAAUAACAUGAAUUUUUCCUGUUGUUCACCUCUUUUGAUCUAUAUGGAGUAACUAUCAGACCACACAAUUGUCAUUUUGGUUACUUGUUCUGAAAUGUGUAAGAAAUGCUCUAAUCAGUCUGCAUUCCUUGUCUGUACAGAAAUCUGCUUUCAGAAGACGUUAUUGUUAAAUUUCUAUUGUUACUUGCCCAACUCAUUAAACACAGAAACUUAUGUUGUGAAUAA